CCCAGGGGCACGCCGUCCCACGUCUUGCAAAGACCAGAGCAGCAAGCGAGCAAGCAGCGCCCCGAGUGGAGUAGACUGUUGUGGGUUGUUUGCUUCCGUGCUGCUCCGCGGGUGAUUAAUGCAGUGGCGGUGGUGCGGGGGUGGUGGUAAAGGCUCCGCGUGGAGUGGAGUGGAGCGGUGAGUGCGGUGCGGUGGGCGGCGCCGCGGUUUUCUCUCGUCCUCCUCCACCGCCGCCGCCGCCGCCGUCGUCGUCGUCGCCGGCGGCGAGUUGAGGUGAGGAUUCAGACUGCUUGAACCCAGAAUCUCAGCGGAAUUUCAGUCCACUAGAAGCUUUGGAGUCAAGAUGAUUGAGGGGAGGAGGCACUCGGUGGACAUCCCGAUUUCGAGGGCCCUGGUGGCCGUCAUGAGGUCCAGAUCUCUGAGGGACCCCGACACCAACUCGCUGGCCAAGUUCUCGGCCAAGAAGACCAUCUGGGAGGGGUGUUCCCUGGAGGAAGAUGAACUGGAGGGGGGCAAUUACGGCAGGCACAGCUUCAGCUACAACAUGUAUGAUCAUGUCCAGAGGAGGAGGGAGGAGUUUGGGGGACGCCUGGCCAACUCGCCGAUCAGCAUCAUCAAGGCCAAUGCACGAGUCAAGGCGGCGCUCCAUAACCAGAACUGCUGCUCGACGAUAUCCGGGAUGUCCAGGGCAGCCAAGGACAGGGGUUUCUCGCUGGUGAUUGAAGGGGAAGAGCUCGGCCGGAUGGACUCCCAUGAAAGCGGCGCGAGAAGCUUGCUUCAGAAGUACCGGCCCAGGUUUUUCUCUGAGCUGGCUGGACAGAAUGCCGUUGCGCAGUCUCUUUCGAGCGCUGUUUCGCAAGGAAAGCUUGCUCCCAUCUAUCUCUUCCAUGGUCCGCAUGGCAUCGGCAAGACUUCUGCGGCUAGAAUAUUUGCGGCGACGCUUAAUUGCCACUCUCCAGGUGGGAACCAACCCUGUGGGAACUGCGAUGAAUGUGUGGCCAUAUUCUCAGGAAUCAGCAGCAGUGUGGUAGAGAUUGAUGCUUCCAAACUUGAUUGCAAAGCUAGAGUUGCUGCCUUGCUCAGGAGUGCCUGUGAAGUUCCUGCUUCUUCGAACUUCAAGGUUCUUAUUGUAGAUGAUUGCCAACACAUGGAUAAGGAGGGAUGGUACUCCAUCUACAGUAGCCUUGAAGGGAUUCCUGACAGCUCAAUCUUUGUCAUGAUAACAUCUGACGUUGAUAAACUACCAAGCAAUUCAGCUGGAUGGUGCCAGAGCUACAGGUUUUGCAAGGUAGAUGAUGCAGAGAUUGUCCGCCGAUUGAGCAAGAUUUGUACAAAAGAAGGUAUGGAGUUCGAAGCCGAGGCUCUGGAGCUUCUUGCUCGCAAGGCAAGCGGUUCCAUUCGGGAUGCAGUCCAAAUGCUUGAUCAGCUAACUCUGCUUGGAAAAAGAAUCAGCAGAUCAGUAACAUAUGACCUAAUCGGUGAUGUCUCAGACGAGGAGUUGCUUGAUCUUCUUAAUCUGUCUAUGUCAUCAGAUGCUGCUACCAUUGUCAGGAGGGCUAGGGAGCUUUUAAGUUCAAAGGUUGACCCUCUACAGCUGUUGGCUCAGCUUGCAAAUCUUAUCAUGGAUAUUUUAGCUGGGAAGCACCAGUCAGAUUCUUCAGAAGUUAGAAAAGUUAUUGGCAAAAAUACAUCUGCUGACGUCGAUGUGCACAGACUUAGGAAUGCACUGGAAAUACUUUCUGAAACCGAAAAGCAGUUGAAAACCACAAAGAACCAGUCUACAUGGCUUACAGCAGCUCUGUUACAGUUUAAUAUGAGGGAGCCUUACUGCCUAGAGACCCUAGAUGACACUGCAGUUUCAAGCAUGUUCACAGAGAGUCAGACAGAUGAUGGGGCUGGUGUCCUGAAAGAUGAAAGCUUAGAGACCAGUUCUCAUCUUUGCUAUCAGAACAAAAUGGGCUGUCUAGACAUGAAUUUAGGAGAUCCGGAUGUACUGGAGACGAUCUGGAUGAAGGCUCUUGAAAACUGCACAUCUAAUUCACUUCAUAAUCUGUUGCAGAAAGAUGGGAAGUUGUCAUCCCUGUACACAACCCAAGGUGUAGCAGUUGCCGAGCUACAAUUCUGUCAUCCUGAGGAUGUACCUACAUCAGAGACCUUCUGGAUGCCACUUGUGGGUUCUCUGCAGAACUUGCUAAAGUGCAAUGUGGACAUCCGAAUCAAUCUUUCUCCGAUCUCUAUGAGCAACAGGGCUGGAUCCAAGAAUUCAUCUGUCAGCCUGGUGAUGCAAUCCAGAGAAGAUCAAGAGACGCGGAACCAAGCCGCCACGGACUGCAGAACCGUCGCUUCUUCCAGAAGGGAGUGCCCUUCGCCGCCGCUCCCAGGACAACCCAGGGAGAAACCGUCACACAUUCUGGGAUGCCUCCAUGGCGCGGACAGGGACAUGGGAGACGCCGAGUCGAGGAUCCUGAGCUACCAGAAGAUCCCCGCCAUACCUGAAGCAGCAUCCACUCCAGGGAACAACGUUGAGACCGCCUCGAGAGCCGGAGGACACACGCCGAAGGCCGACCAAGACCGACCCCGUCGUCGACGCGGCUGCUUCUCGAAGAUCAUACCGCGCGGCGAACCUGCCCCUUGUCGCAAUCCUGAGCCUCCACGGCAGCCUCGCAAGGGACUGUUCAGCUGCUGCUUCUGCAAGAUCAGACCAGACUGCAGAACGAAAGCUGACGCUGUGUACAGGUCAGAAACCUGGCAGGUGUCCCAUGGGUAGCAAUAGCAUGGUGUAGGUGUAGACUCUGAAAGUUAGGAGGUGCGCACAGCUGAAACAUGGCUGCUGUUAAUGGCUUUUAUCUUUUGGCAUGGAUGGUGGGUAAUCAUCACUUGGAAGUUUGAUCAAUUUAUGCGAACCUGUUAACUGCAGCAUGCUGCUCCUGAGUUUCUGACACAAUAGAUGAGUAUUGAUAGUUUGUUCAAACAGACUCUCCUGGCAACGCAAUGAUAUAAUUCUCCAUGAGAAACA